CUCCUCCACUUCGAGGACCAACCGGCUCUGGUCUCAGGCUUCGGACAGGGUCUCCUCGCGUCUCCAAAAUUAACUUGCAUCGUUAAUGUUUAAGAAAGUGAGACCAACGAACAGUCCUCUGCUGGAAUUUGCUCCUCGGACGGAUUACAGGCAGCGCAGCCUGGUCUGAGCCUGCGGGUCUGUCUCUGUGGCCCGGUGCGGACUAGGCUAUGUCAUGGGUCUGAUUUCAUAAUAACUUUGCCGUCCUAGACCGGUUACAAGACUCGCCGUUUAUUAGGACAACAUUAGAAACAGUGGGGCUAUGGACGGGGCGGAUAUGAGCCAGCUGUCCGACGAGGAGCUGCUGACACUGGGGAAGGAGGAGCUGAUCCGGAGGCUGAGGAGGCUGGAGAGCCGCAACAUGGACCUGAUGCUGGAGCACGGGAACAUGAUGAAAGACGUGAACCGGAGACUGCAGAUCCACCUUCACGAGAUCCGGAGUCUGAAAGAGGUCAAUCAGAAACUGCAGGACGAUAACCUGGAGCUCCGGGAGCUGUGCUGCUUCCUGGACGAUGACCGGCAGAAGGGGAAGACCGUGUCCCGGGAGUGGCAGCGGUUCGGCCGCUACACGGCCAGCGUCCUCUGGAAAGAUGUCGAGCUGUACCAGCAGAAGCUGAAGGAGCUGGAGGCCAGCCAGGACGCGCUGAGGACGGAGAACACGGAGCUGAAGGAAAUCGUCCUCAUGCUGGACGAAGAGAGGAGCGGAGCCGGAUCCCGGAGCUCCAUCGACAGCCAGUCCAGUCUGAGCAACCUGAACGGCUCGGUGCCGGUUCGGGACGUCGGGGAUGGUAGUAGCACAUCCAGCACCGGAAGCAUCGGCAGUCCCGACCACCACAACCACAUACAUAAAGCACCCGAGGGAAAGACAGCAUCUCAGGGGAGGUCUAUGGACGACCUGUCCCCCUUCCACAGAGGAGCCGGGCUCAGCGACGUAUCCACCAGCUACAUCAGACAGCUGGAGAACAAGAUGAGGAUGCUGGAGGACGAGAACAAGCAGCUGCUGGCACAGACGAACGGAGGGGAAGUAGAGACGCUGCGGAAGUGUUUGUCACUUUAUCAUUCAACUCCGCUCUCACAGUUCCAGGAUAGCAUGCACAACGUUGCUGCUCGGACCCCCAGCAGUGAACUCUCCCCCACAGGGCUCUACUUCCCCCCAGAGCAGAAACCAGAAGCUGUGGUCCACGCAAUGAAGGUCCUGGAGGUCCAUGAGAAGCUGGACAGACAGAGCUCACACGAAUACGAUGAAGACCUUAGUGAGAAAGAGAAGGCCAUCGUCAGAGAGAUGUGCAAUGUGGUUUGGAGAAAGCUGGGUGAUGCUGCCGGCUCCAAGCCUUCCGUCCGACAUCAGCUUUCAGGCAACCACUUUAAAGCACCUUUAUAGUUGUCAGACACCGAGUGAAGUCACCAGUGGUCCCAGCAAACCUGCACUAUUAGUUUGGACUGGAAGCUUUUCAGUGUAGGAUUUGCUCUGUUGGCUGUCAAACAGCCUCCUCAGUCUGAACUGAACUGAGUCAUAAUGGAUGUGCAGCUCAGCGUACCAGGACAUAGUACUGAAAUGCCAACACUGGAAGACUCUGGCAGUCACGACUUCGGUGCAGAUGGACACAUAAAAGCCAGCCUCAUAAAAGCCUGGGUUGGCCUAUCAGGCCAAGACGACCAGAAAAGCUUACUUUAAUCCUUAAUAGCUCCUAAAUGGUUUAAUAAUUGUCAGAAUUACCACCUAGACAUAUAAAAAAGUGUGACAGAGUGUGAAGAGAGAUGUUUUUAAAAUUGACUUCAUUUCAGGCAGUGUUUGUAGCGGUCAUUAGAAGAAGUGCAGCUCUAGGCACUUCUGCAUUGGCUUCUCCACUCGUAAUUCAAUAACCAUGCGUUCACACAGCGACCGAUCGGCCCUGCAGGAGCCUCUGUUUACGCUGGAAGCCUUGCAUUUUCACAGUCUGCUUCGAUAUUCACCUUCAGUCGAUCGAGGAGUUAACAGCGCUUGACAUCAAAACCUUUAUUUCAUUUCCUGGGAAUUCAUGGACGGGACAUAAUGACUGUGUCGUUUACAGUGUAAAUGCACAGUGAGACUUUAAACAGUCUUAUAAGGACUGACGUUGACCAUCAAACCCGGGAACCACAGAAACUUUCUGCAAUUGGACUCGCAGCCUUCACCUUCAUCGAUCAGCCUGUUGAAGGAUGACAUAUGCGAGUUAUCCUAUAAACACACAAUGGACAGAAGUUCAUUUAUCUUCUUCUUUUGACACUUAUAUUUAAACAGCGGAAUUACACGUAUGCAUGAACACUGCUGGCUCUGGUUUCACACCUUAUGUACCUACAUUUACAAAGCAAUGGAAAUUCCUGUUUUGAGGAACGCCACAAAAACACACGGUAUGUAAAUGAGGACAUGAAAUGUUAAUAUUUCAGACUUUCCUCUAUUUUAGUCUCAAACCACAGAACACUGUACGGUGUUUUUAAGGUUGUGUCAACAAUGGUCAGUGCUCCAAUAAAAGAUUUUGAUUCAAAUUGAUUCCGACAUUUCAAAUUGGGCUCAUAGAGUCAGCAGAUACACAGGUGAAGGGACAAACAAUGCACCCACUGGACGAACCAGCUGCAUAUGUUUCCAUUAUGUAAUGAAGACCGGUAGCUCUUUGCUUUUUGUGUCCAGUAUAGUGUGCAUGGUGUGUGGUUUGGUGGAUUUGACUAGCAGCAGCUUUACACUAUUAGCCUAAAUACUGAGCACACAAUGCCAACCCUGCUACCAGUACUUCUCUGUGACAACAACAAUUUGAUCAAAGAGCUGAUUUUGCGUCACGCGUCUCUCUUCCUUGGGAACUGCUUUAACUUGAGACUACUGUGAGAUGCUUUAAGGGACACGCUGACUUCUUGGGAAAGUUGUGCUGUCCUACCACAGUAAGAUUAGAAGGCUGAUAACUUCAUAUCUGUUCGUCAGUACAGAGAUAGGACCAAGGUAUGGUAAGACUAGGUUAGACUGGAAGCAGGAGAAAAAGUAAGCCUCCAUCAAAACUGAAUAUGUUUGUUGGAGCCAAUUAGCCACCAAAUCAUCCAACUGUUAUCUGGGUUUUGUUCAGGGUUAUUCUGCAAACCUGGCAACCCAACUAUGAGGACAAGUGAGUGCACAUUGCAGUCACUGCAACUCCUGAAACUACAAUAUCAUAUAAUUUUCUGUUUGUACGAUUUGAAUACAGAAGAUGUUGUGUGUAAGGCAGCUUAGAAGUUGUUGGAAGGUGAAUCGAUUUUGAUGGAACAAGGCCAAAACAGGAUAUUAAGUAAGUACAUUUUGCCUUGCUUAGCUUUGUAAGUGUCUAUGACAAUGUUAUUUGUUCAAAUAAAAAAAAGGAUCAUGAUAUUGUCUAUUUUUAUAUUUUUCAGUUCUAAGCAAACUCAUUUUUCAGGUGACUUGGCUCUACAGUUUGGUCUCCCCACUCCCACCAUGACCAUUUUGAGUGUACAUGACAAAAGAAAAGCAGACUACACACUAUCUAAUUAACUAACCUCUAAAAUACCUAGCUAACAGAAGCUAGCCUGGAUAUUGAACUUUUGAAUACUUGAGUUCUACCUACCAUAAUUAGGGAUCUUAACAAUAUACACUGUUUCUUCAAUUCAACAGAAAGUCGUCAGAUUGAACUUUUCAGAAUAAUCUCCCUAUAUACUGUACAGUCAUGUAUUACACUUUCUGUAGGAGUCAUAAAUGAAGUUACAAGCUGCAAACCUUUUUGUUUAUUCUCACUUUGGUACAAAAUUAUUUUCGUCUACAAAUACAGUGGGAAAUCUCAUGAGAGUUGAACACAUAAUGCUAAUGUGGGUCUUUCCCUUAAAAAAACUUUUUUGUUGGAUAAGAGAGUGUGUGCAUUUAGUGAAUGUGUUUGAGUAUGAGCGUUCUUCAAAAAUCUGAAUGUAGCUGGUGACUUGUAUUUGGUAACAAACCCAAAUUAUAGGUCUUCACCUAAACUAGCCGUUGUAUUGCAUCUGUACAAUAUGAUGCACAAUAUGUGCAUAAUUGUUAAGAGACCCAGGUUAUGUUUUUAAAACAUGUUGAACAAAAUAAAAUAUUUUCUUAUGGCGACAUACAUAUGCACUGCUUACUCUGUCAUUGACUUAGAUCUAGUGCUGAAAUAUUUCUCUGUGUCAUUUUAGAGAAAGACAUGUGCUGUUAUAAAUACAUAUUUCCAAUAGGUUUCCAUGGAGUAGCAGGCCUUUAUAUUUGUUGAAUAAGCUGUAUGUAGCCGAAAUGUAUUUUAGCAGUAUAUGAUGUGAAAGAAAUUAACAAACCUUUAGAAGAUUUUGAAAUAAAAUGUAAGUAUACUUUGUAAA